UUACACCUUUUAGUAGAGUGGUCACUGUCAUUGACACUCAAGGCUUAAGAGAGAGAAACUAGUGAGAGAGAGAGAGAGAUAUGGAAGGAAGCUCUUCUUUAGCUCAUGGUGUUGGGAUUGAGAAGGAAGAAGGAGAUAAUCACAAGGAAAUGAUUGAAAAUCCAAGUGGGGUUUGUGAGUUUGGACCAGAAGAUGAUGAUGAUGAAGAAGAAGAAAGUAGUGUUCUUUCUUCUGGGUUUGUUCCUGGGCCUCUGCUUUCUCUCAAGGAACAGAUUGAGAAAGACAAGGAUGAUAAUAGCUUAAGGAGAUGGAAAGAAAAAUUGCUCGGUUCCUUGGAAAGUGAUCUGAGUAGCCAAAUGGAACCUGAAGUCAAAUUCCAUUCCAUUGGAAUAAUCUCUAAUGAUUUUGGGGAAAUCAACACUUCUUUACCAGUUGAUGAAAACAAAAGAAACAAUUUCCUUUUCACACUCAAGGAAGGAUCUCAUUACCGGCUUAAGCUAACGUUCAGUGUGCUACACAACAUUGUUUCGGGCCUUAUCUACUCCAACACUGUCUGGAAAACAGGAAUCAAAGUUGAUUCAAGCAAGGGAAUGUUGGGCACUUUUGCUCCUAAUAGAGAGCCUUAUGUGCAUACAUUGGAGGAAGAGACUACUCCAUCUGGGGUGCUUGCUAGAGGAUCAUACUCUGCAAAGCUUAAGUUUGAAGAUGAUGAUGGAAGAGUUCAUAUGGAGCUGAAGUAUUCUUUUGAGAUCAAAAAGCGGUCUUAGUUGAAUUUUGAUUUUUCUCGAUCUUUUCGACCUUGUUCCGUAGGAGCAAGUUAGAUUUUUUUUUUUCUUUUUUAAUUUUUAUGAAUUAUAUAUAUACCCUUUUGAUUAUUACCAAAUGGUGAAUUGGAUUUCAUUUUAUGGACUUAUGUGUGAUACAAAUUUAGAAGUGAAUUUAUAGAGUUUCUCUUUUUAUGUUU